AUGUAUGGUGGUCAUUAUCAGGUGCUACUGGAAACGUGUACAAGGAAUGCACGGCCAACGGAACCUGGAAACCUGAGGAGAAUUCCAGCAGCCUAUGGAGAAAUCAUUCAGAGUGAAGAAGAAGUGUUUCGGCAGUCUGUGCUGAGAGUCUUGUCCAUUGUAGGAUACUCGCUGUCAUUUUCCUCUCUUUGCUUGGCUGUUCUGAUCAUGAGUCUUCUGAGGAAGCUUCACUGUACGAGGAACUACAUCCACAUGAAUCUCUUUGUAUCAUUCAUAUUUAGAGCAAUAGCAGUAAUUAUCAAAGAGGUUAUAUUUCAAGUCAUGUAUACCAACCUGCCCAGGGAUGAGAUCGGUUGGAACAGCUACACAAAAUCUACGAUGUUAUUCGUCUGCAAGGCCUCAAAGGUGUCGCUGGAAUAUUUUGUUGGGUGUAAUUACUUCUGGCUGUUAGUGGAGGCGAUAUUCCUGCACACGCUGCUGUUCACUGCAGUUCUGACCAGGAAAAGACUUCUUAAGAAAUAUAUGAUUAUAGGAUGGGGUACUCCAUUACUGUUUGUGAUUCCCUGGACUGUUGCCAAAACUUUGUAUGAAAAUAAAAGCUGUUGGUUACAUAACAUCAGAUGGAUAUGGUGGAUAAUUAGAGGCCCAAUAACAUUAUCAGUGAUUGUCAUUUUUUGCAUUUUUCUUAAAAUCAUCCGACUUUUGCGGUCCAAGUUAAAGGCUGACCAGGUGAAGUUCACUGACUACAGAUACAGUCUAGCCAGAGCAACGCUUGUGUUGAUUCCUCUGCUCGGGGUCCAUGAAAUCGUCUUUACCUUAAUUAUAGACGAAUCAGUUGAGGGAAGCAGCCGCUACGCUCGACACUUCGUCAAUCUGACCCUGAGCUCUUUCCAGGGUCUUUUAGUUGCAGUGUUGUACUGCUUUGCAAAUGGAGAGGUCCAGGCUGAGCUGAAGAAGAGGUGGCAGCUGUUCAUUUCCUCCAAUCACUUUGAGGUGCACAACUGCUUUGCCGACAUUCACCCCAAACACCUGUGGAAGUGCUCACAAAAGAGACCCGGACAAACCACAGAACAGAGCGAAUCCAAUGAGGGAAGCCACGCCCCCACACAGGGACAUCUGCUGCAGGUGGCCGUCCAAUCAGCAGAGGACGUGCCGUGUGGGCGGAGCUCCGGCCUGGAGUUUUACAUGAGGAAGAGCCUCUCCAGCAGCGACGGGGAAAUGACUUUAGGAGAGACGAUGGAGGAGAUCAUAGAGGAGAGUGAGUUUUAACGUCUCAUC